UAUGAGUGUUGCAUUUGAAGUUUUCAGUAAUUUACCGGACAACUAUUACCAUCCAAGCCCAGUUAACUAAGGAAGAAAAUCGCAUCCAGGCUUAACAGCGAUUGGUUACCCACACUGACUUGACCAACUUAUAGGUUGGUCUUUCACCUCGCUCAUAAAUGGUCUUAAUAAUGUAUGCCGACUUGGUCGUGUAAUUGAGCUCCAUAUUCUCUUUGAUAUUUCCACGAUAUGUUUUGAAAAAUUGUUCCUGUCGAUUCGUUGGUUGCUUCCUGUAUGUAUCUGAUACUGAUCUAUUUAUAAAGGAAGCAUGACGUUAAGGGCGACUUUGAUUCUCAUAAUUGUUAAAUCGCUAGUUGGUACCAGCAAACUAGAAUUGGGCUACUUCAAGCGUUCAUCACAGCAAGUAGCCCAGUUGCGUCAGACUUGAGUGAACAACAACUUUUUCGUCAACAUUUCACGCUCGAGAGUUUAGUGCUUGACUUGAGAAGCACAUGACAAUUGACAUCUGGGUUUUAUUGAAGUGAGUCACUUCAGUUAGAGUCAGCUUUAUAUCGUUUUUCAAAGGGGCUUUUGUAGCAACAUACAUAUUUAAUAGACAGAGACGAGGGAGCCUUACUGUUAAGCGUUAACCCUUUCUAAAGUGGCCUUUGUGCUUGGCUGCUGUUGAAAUACAUCUGCUUUAUGGCUGUUUCAUUGUUUAUUUACAGCAGCAAGUUAAAGCAACUAGAACAGAAAAACAGCACCCAACAUCUUUGCAAUUCUUUUGAAGCAGUUGUUGCAAAGAAAAGGGUUUUGUUGUUGUUGUUGUUGUCGUUGCGAGGGGAGAAGUGAAAUUGUACCUUCCAUUUGUAGUAGUACGAGGAGAGGAGUAACGAGUACCCACCCAGGCACUUGCAUGUUUGUUGCAAUCUGUGUUGCUAACUGUUGUUAAUUCCCCUUCCUUCUUCCCUGUGUGUGUACCUGUGGGUGUUUUUUUAUUUCCCCCGUUCACCGGUCCCUAGCUGUACUAAGUCAAAAAAGGUUUCCGCAUCGAAGAGAAUUGCUGCUGACUGCGAGAGAUAGAGAUAUUUGCCCUUUUUAUUUAGCCCCGGGAAAAGGGUUCGACGUAAUAAUAUUGUAAACACUUGCGUUAAAUAUUCAAUUAGCGAACUAAUAGAUGUUUACAAUUUAAACAUCUGCCGCCGUCGACAAUAAAAAACGUGUUGCCUCUUUUGAUAUUUCCUUUUCCCAGUUUUGCCCGCAAAAAUUUCGCGCUAAUUGCUUCUCAAAUUUUUAGCUCUUCGAUUUGAUUUGAGCAGUUUCCCCAAAAUUCAAUUCUAACACUCUUUGCUUUGCGCUCCUCAAACACAAUUUGUCACUUUGAUCUACAGGUUUAUUGUUGCUGAACAAUUUGUGUUUCUACCUUGAUUUGAGAGUGAUUGCUCUUAAACAUCCAUAUCUUGACCUGACCUCCCGCAUUUGUAUUUGACCCCUUCCGAAUUGGAGACGAAAGUCGAAGUGGACGUGACCCCUUAAACUGAAGAAUAUCAUGGACACGUCUUUGGUCGCCUCGUUCUGUGACGAGGACAGAUUCAACAAUGCCUUCUACAUUCUCAAGAAAACAGUUGACUUCCUAAGCACAGAAUAUGGCAUGCAUUUUGUCAUACUAUCCGCAUAUCAGUCCAGCAAAGCUGCGUCAGUGGCGGCUGCAUACACAUCGCCAGGACCAGCAGCAAAGUUCUUCGACGAUAAGCAUUCCAAACAGACAGACAACAACAAUUCUACCAAUUCAGAUCCGAAAAACAAACAGCCAAGUAGUUUAGUCCAUACUUGGGACGAGUUCGCGAAGAAUUUUUGUUUUCAAGAUAAACGCCACUCUUAUCACAACACGCCUGCAUAUUCGGAGUUUAUCAAAUCGGAUCUGAACGACAAUUCGCUCGGUUCGGGUGCGAAUUGCGAAGCCGAACUGGAAAUGGACGAAUUGCCGGAACCGCCGAGUAGCCUCUGCUCGGAAACCAUGUAUUACUGCAACGGUGAAUUCAAAAGCGAAGAUAUCGAAAACUCACACAGUCCGAACUCAGACAGUGGAAUUUCGGGAGACGAAGACACGAAAAGGAAAAGUGACCAACGAACAAAAGGAUUAAAGAGGAAAAGUUUGCAAGAUGUCAGCGACCAGUUGGCCAAAAAAGCGACCAGGGCUAUGAAUUAUUACACACCUGUAUACCCGGCGGCACCCAAACUAGUGACGCCAUCAUUUGCAACCAACGAGGCUCUUCUUAAUCUCUCGAACGCGCUCCUGAGAAACACCACAAAAGCCAACGCUAAUGCGUCAGAGCUGGACUUCAGUGCCAUCAAACCUCUGUUGAAUUCGGUCUCAAAUAUUUUUACACAGUCAGCCGCGGCGUCAGCUUAUGCUGCAUUAGCCCAGCAGCAUAGAGAUUGCUCGAUAUUCGGACCUAAUGUCAAAUCGGAGCCGAACGCAGUGCCUUCCUCAGUGAUUACAGCGAACCGAAAAUCGAGCGCCGGAUUGUCGUCUCCGGAAAUCUCGACAUUUGGCAGUUCUGAUUCACCUCUGCAGAUACACGUGGACUCAAAGCCGACUAAAGUACCGAGUCGAGGAAAGAAUUCGGACAAGAAAAAUAACACCCGAGCGCCUCCGAGUCCGAUGAAAGGAUCUUCAGCGUUGAAUGCGAACGGAACGCCUAAACAAAUGUGGCCUUGCACAGUAUGCUCCAAAGAGUUUGCUAGUCAAAGCACGAUGAAGAGGCAUUUGAACCACUUUCAUCUGAAGGUGCACAGCUACACGUGUACAUAUUGCCAAGAGAUAUUUUACAGGAAAGAUAAAUUGGUCGCCCAUAUCAAGAUCAAACAUGGCGUAGAUACAAGCAGAUCUGCACGAUUGGUAACGCAAGCGAAGACCUCGCCGAACGGAAGUUACACGACUAACAGCACCAUAUCCCCAGUGUCGCCCGCGACUAGCCACGGAAGUCCGACAUCCUCGGCCGGAAACAUGUCGACAGGAACCGCCUCUCUAAGUCCAGUGCCUUCGCCAUCGCCUAGCACCUGUGUUGUACAGCCCAUGACACCGCCCUCAUUCUCACCAUCACCCGCUCCUUCACCUCUUUCGCUUACAGUAUCAUCAUCCUCAUCAGGUGUCACAACGGUCUGAUCUGACCUGAGGUCACCCAAGGUCACAUAUCCAAAGUUAGAAGCUCCUGCCACAUGACACUAGAGGAGAGUUCCAAUACAUUACACAUGUCAAUAGUAAGGUCACGUGACUAACGAGGGUUUAUUACGAGGACGAUGAUGUCAUUUAGGUCUUCCAAGAGAAGUUUCAGUUAUUUCGCAUAUCAGAUUCUGUCGCCUAUUUUCUAAUGUAAAGUUUUAGUCUAGUCAACAAACUUAUCAUGGUCUUUCUUUUUUAAGUUCACAUAAAUGCCUUCACUUUGUAUAUAAUAGCUAAGCAAUAUGAGGUUUGAAGAACCUAAAGAAGUCUUGCGCAGCAAGUGUACUUAAGUCAUGGGUUAUGUUUGGUCACAAUUUUGAAGCUGCUAACCUGAAUGAGUUGAUGAUUUCAAAAUGGGAUAAACUUGGUGCAGGGCUUACUUUAAAGCACAUCGUCUUUUCACUGAUUAAAAAGAAAAACUUGUCAUGAGUUGAUUUGUGAU